AUUUAAGGAAAAAUUUGUUUGCCAAUGUUGUCUUAUCCGGUGGUUCGACACUUUAUAAAGAUUUCGGUACAAGGUUGUUGAGUGAAAUAAGAAAAUUGGCAGUCAAGGACAUUAAGAUUAAGAUUUUUGCACCACCAGAAAGGAAAUAUAGUACAUGGAUUGGUGGUUCUAUAUUGGCAGCCUUGAGUACAUUUAAAAAGAUGUGGGUUUCAGCUGAAGAAUUUCAAGAAGAUCCCGACAUUAUUCACAGAAAGAAUACACUCACAUUACCCGAACUGAAAUCUCAUUUAUGUGCUAUGGCGAUAAAUUACAAAAUCAUGGUAGACAUUUUUUUACGUAUCCUCCAUUCUUUAAGCUGUUUUGUUGUAGACGAUUAUUCUAUUGAAGACAUUCUUAAAGUUGAUGAAAAUGAGACUGUUGGCAAACCAUUAUAG